GUGAUAAACAUUUCCUCGCUCGCUCCUAGUCUUCUCUUGAUUGGAGGAGGAGGCGAGUAGGCAGGCAUUUCACAUUCUGUGGAGGCCUCCUCGCGUGAGUGAACUGUGCUUGCAGUUAUCCGCAUAACGACAUUACAAAACGUCUUCAUCCUCCUUGAAUAUUAUUGAGCUGGUUUUCCAGGAUUUAGAACACGUCUGUGGAUAAAACAUGGGUUGCUGCCUCACUGUUGGACCAAACGAAGCCCUUGUCGUUUCAGGUGGCUGCAGUAAUGAGAAAACUUACGUCGUUGGUGGCUGGGCCUGGGCGUGGUGGCUCAUUUCAGAUGCUCAGAGGAUUACACUAGAGAUAAUGACACUACAACCCAAAUGUGAAGAUGUGGAGACAGCAGAAGGAGUGGCCAUUACAGUCACAGGGGUUGCCCAGAUCAAAGUCCUGACAGAAGCUGACCUGCUGCCACUAGCAUGUGAGCAGUUUUUGGGGAAGACCGUGGCGGAGAUGAAAGGUGUUGUUUUGCAAACUCUGGAAGGACAUCUACGUUCCAUUUUAGGCACUCUGACAGUGGAGCAGAUCUACCAGGACCGAGACAGGUUUGCCCAGCUCGUGCGAGAGGUGGCAUCCCCAGAUGUGGGUCGGAUGGGCAUUGAAAUCCUCAGCUUCACCAUCAAAGAUGUCUAUGACAAGAUGGACUAUCUCAGCUCUCUGGGAAAGACACAGACCGCAGCUGUCCAGCGAGACGCAGAUAUUGGAGUUGCUGAAGCUGAGAGGGAUGCAGGCAUAAGGGAAGCCGAGUGCAAGAAAGAGAUGAUGGAUGUCAAGUUCUUGGCUGACACCAAAAUGGCCGACUCCAAACGAGAACUGGAGCUGCAGAAAGCUGCUUUCAACCAGGAAGUGAACACCAAGAAAGCCGAGUCACAGCUGGCGUAUGAGCUACAGGCCGCCAAAGAGCAGCAGAAGAUCCGUCUGGAGGAGAUAGAGAUCGAGGUGGUCCAGAGGAAGAAGCAGAUCACCAUCGAGGAGCGGGAAAUCGACCGCACACAGAAGGAGCUGAUUGCCACAGUCAAGCGACCUGCUGAGGCCGAGGCCUACAAGAUACAGCAGCUCGCUGAAGGAAACAAGAUUAAAAGGGUGUUAACGGCUCAAGCAGAAGCUGAGAAAAUCCGCAAGAUAGGAGAGGCGGAGGCAGCCUCUAUUGAGGCCAUCGGUAAAGCAGAGGCCGAGAAGAUGAGGCUGAAGGCUGAGGCCUACCAGCAGUAUGGAGAAGCAGCCAAGAUUGCGCUGGUCCUGGAGGCACUGCCAAAGAUCGCUGCCAAAGUGGCCGCUCCUCUGGCCAGGACCAAUGAGAUCAUCAUUCUGAGUGGGGAGAACAGCCGGGUGACUGGGGAAGUGAACCGCCUGCUAGCCGAGCUCCCCGUGUCCGUCAAUGCCCUCACAGGAGUGGACCUGACUCAGAUACCAUUACUUAAGAAGAUGACCGAAGCCCAAGCCUGAGAACAGUCUCCUACCUUAUGCUCUGAUAUGUCGUUUGCAUUCACUUCGACUGCCUUCAGAACACUUGAAAACGUAUUGUUUCUCUAUACAAGUGGAUUUGUGAACCUCUGGUGCCUUAAUUUUUACAGGACCAGACUAUCUGCAUGUGCUGCUGCUCCUCUUAAACAUUUACGUCUAACUGUUACGUUAAGCUUUGUGGAUCCAUAGAUGCGAUUGGUGGGAGAUGUGUAAGCAUAAGACAUGCAGACUUUUAAAUCCUCUUUUGAUUAAUCCGUAUGGUUCUUGCUGUGUAGAGGGAGGAAGGGAAGUGGUUACGUGAUUGUGCAUCUCAACUUUUCAACGAGAAUGACCUCUAGAUGUGAUAACUGUUUAUCCGAUGGACUUGCUCGCUGUCUAAUUUAGCAUUUAAAACUGGGCAGCGUUUCAAGGAAGAACAUUUCGACCUUUCCUUCUUAAGAGUCCUAGUACUACAUAGCUAUCACAAUUUUGUUUUCCACAUGCUGACACCAACCAAGUGUAUCUGAACUUUAAACAUAGUUUAAGUGGAUCAUUACCUACUGUGCUCUCAGUCAUUUGCAUUUAUUUCUAGGUUUUCUGAUCUGAAUGCACAUGUUAUGGAGAGUUUGUUAGACAGUGGUCCACUUAAACGUCAGGAAUAUUGAGAUGCACAUGCAAGGUUAUCAGUAUGCUGAUGCCAUGUCAUUGCUGUCAAAGCCACUGUUUAUGUAAUUCAUAUAAGUGGAAACUUUUUUUUAAUGGAAUUGGCUGCAGCACUUUCUGUUUCAGUACACAUACAUACGUAGGGUAUACACAACAGAAUGUUUUUGCUGUACUCUUAUGGGGGGAGUGCCAUAUUGAUAAAAUAAGCCAUUAUAGUCAAGUGUGUCUUUUAGCAUGGAUCAAAGUGCAUGCUAUCCACGAACACACCAUAUUCUUUUUGAAUUAUUAAUCUUUUUUAAGAGUAUUACAUGUUGGUUAUCUGUGAAGCCAGAUAAAUUGUUUUUAUUUUUUGUAUUUAUUUUGUGUUUUAGAUUCUAUAUUACAUAUAUGCAUUUACAGGAGAUCAAAGGGUCAUCAGAGUGACUUGUGAUAUGCGAAAGAAAUCUUUAUUUGAAAUGCUGUUAUUAUUUUCAUGGUGUUGGGAGUUUGGGUUAUUUUUCACUGAUUUCAAAGUGAUUUUAAUCAUACCAAAGUAGAUUCUCAGUGGUAAUAUAGUAUGUUCAUUCAACGUGUUUUACUUAUUUAAAUGUUUUUGUAACAUUAAUGUACAUGUAAGCCACGCAAUCCAAAACCUUUCUAGAACUUAUCACAAGGUAAUUUUUUCUAGAGGAACUUUCUACUUGUUUGUCAAUUAAAUGUAAGCUCAGAAAUUCCCUUCUAUAUUGGCAGCCAUAUGAAAUUACCCCAUAGAGUUAGGCUUUGUGUAGCCUUGUCCUGUGACGGUUUGUGUUUUUAAGUCUGCUUUCUUUUGUUGGCUUUGAGACAUGUAAAAAGAUGGAUGUGAGGCUCUCUGCCCCGUAGUAACGUAGUAAUAUUUAUGAAGUAAUUUUGUACUCUGAAUAGAUCUUGUUUUGUCCCUGUUUGUUGAAACACUCAGAAGCCCCAAUUAUUGAAGGAACAUGUCAGCUCAUUAAGAUGGCUGUAACAACAAUGUGCAAUUGUAUGUGCUUCUGAGGUUUUUCUGUUUGAAUCCAUUGUGACAUUUUUUAUUUGAUUUAUACCAUUGUUUGUUCAUUAGUAAUGACUAUAUACUACCUGUUUGAAAACACUAAAUGUUGUCACAAAAGGGUACAUAUCAUUACAAAAGAUGCUGCCCCCAACAAUAUUAUUUUUGUGUAAAGUCAGCCGUUUUUGACCACUUGUUUUAUUUGAGCUGGACUGUUAAAUAUUCUUAUGUGAAUUAAUUUAGGAUUGUAUAAUUAUUUGACCCACACUUAUUUGAGAGACAAAUACACAAGGUCACUGAAACUAUUACUAGUAGGUAAAACACUCAAUCAUAUGGUGCAACAGACUAUUGCCUGUUAUUUCAAUAAAGUAAGCCACUCCUUUAUUUUGUUAUGAGAAUCUUUAGUUUCUCUGUACUUCUGAAAGCAGCCUUAACUUGCAUGUGUAGUUACAGUAAUUGUGCACGAGACUCCCAAUGUAAUAUUAAAUAGCUAUUUCAUCCAUAUAUCCAAAACAAUAAAAGCCCCUAGACAAUUAA